AUGUAUUCUCGAGGUAGCAACAAUGGCUAUGGGCAAGAUCAGCCCUACUCUUCCCAAUCCUCAUACGCUCCUCAGAGUUUGGGGGCAGCGGCCUUAAUGGGAGGAGUUCACGGGGCAGCAGUGACAGUGCCUCCUUCCCAACAUUACGGUGGAGAGUAUGGUUCCGUCUAUGGUUCAGCCACUCAGCAGGUAUCUCCUUUGGGUGUCAAGGGUUCUGCAACAACUGCUUUCGAAGUCCGAAGUAAUUAUGGAUCAUCCAUGCGAGAGUCACCUAAGUUUGGAGCUAACGAUUACAUAUCAUCAUCUAGUCGCGGUUAUGGUCAGAAAAUUGAUAAGUUAUAUUCCGAGAUGACAUCUGAAUAUCCAUCUGUUGAAAGACGCCAAUAUGGUGAUCGCCACAGUGCAUAUUUGGGGAGGGAUUUACCGAGUGAACCAUCUAAUAAAUAUGCAGAGUCAGUUGCUAUUGGCCAUGAACAUCAGUCCAAGCUAUAUGACCGUCUGGAGCAAGCAACAGCUAGGCAAGAGGAAAUGCUAAAUGCUCGAGCAGUGCAAUCUGCGUCAGUUGAAGGAGCAGCUAGACAAGCUGAUUAUCUUGCAUCAAGGGCUGCCAUCCGUCAUCCUGCUCAAGAUCCCAUUGCCUAUGGUGAAAGGCUUGACCAUGAAUUGCGCAGUUUGUCAAUGUUAACUGGCCCGUCAUACGUAGGCAACCAUACUGCAUCAAUUUUAGGUGCAGCUCCACAAAGAAAUCUCGAUGACCUUAUUUAUGCUCAAGGUUCUUUAACUGCUAACUAUGGCGUGAGCUUGCCUCCGGGAAGGGAUUAUGGAGUAGGGAAGGGGCUUCUCCCACUUGAAUCAGAUUAUCCACCUAGCAUGAUGGGGCGUGUUGGUCAUCUCGUAGUCGAUGACCGGAAAGCUGGCAGAGCCACGUAUGGCAGAGACUUGGAACGACGAGACAAAGAUGGGGAUUAUUUGCGCGAACGGGAAAAAGAUAGAGAAAGGGAGAAGGAACGGCUACGUGAACGAGAACGUGAACGAGAUCGGGAGAGACUGCGCGAAAGAGAACGCGAGAGGGAGCGUGAAAGGGAACGCGAGCGGAGGGAGAGGGAGAGGGAUCGGGAUCAUAAACGCAGGCUUGAAUUAAUGCGUGAGCCGACUUCUGUCCGAACCUCUAGGGAACACCAAACUUCUUCUUUGGCUAAGGAUGUCAGAUCUGCACGGCGGGAAUCUCCACGUCAUGAAGUGCUGCAUAGGCUUCAUUCCCCUGUUAACGAGAAGAGAAGAGAGUAUUCCUGCAAGGUGUUCUCAUUUAGUUUUGCAGAAGCUGAGAGGGAUUAUCUGUCACUGGACAAGAGAUAUCCCCGGCUCUAUGUUUCUCCCGAAUGCUCAAAGGUGGUUGUAUAUUGGCCAAAGAACAAUCUACAACUUUCUUUAUCCACUCCCAUAAGUUUUGAGCAUGACUUUGCUGAGGAUACCACAGCUAAGAAGAAAGAACCACCUCUUAUGCGUCCCGCAGCUGACAUUUCAGGAUCUGGAGGACGGACAACUACAACAGUGUGGAACGCGAAGAUUAUUUUGAUGAGUGGAGUUGACCAAAAUGCUCAGGCAGAGCUGUCAUCUGAAAGAACCUAUGUUGACCGCAUUCCCCAUCUUUGCAAUUUGCUUAGAUUUGCUGUUCUUAGAAAUAGUAAUUCUAUAAUGGCAAUUGGGGGGCCGUGGGACACUAUUGAUGGUGGAGAUCCUUCAGUGGAUGAUUCCUCCUUAGUCCGAACAGCUCUGAGGUAUGCGAAAGAUUUAGCUAAUCUUGAUCUGAAGAACUGUCAGCAUUGGAAUCGUUUUCUCGAGAUUCAUUACGAUAGAGUUGGAAAAGACGGCCUUUUUAGUCACAAAGAGGUAACUGUAUUAUAUGUGCCGGAUCUCUCAGAUUGUCUUCCUUCACCGGAUUCAUGGCAUGAACAGUGGUAUAAUCACAAAAAGACUGUUUCUGAGAGGGAGCGUCUACACGCCGUGGCGAAGAACGAGGUAUCUGGAGACAAGAGAGAAAGCUUAAAAGAUAAGAAGAAACCUGGCAAGGCAGAAAUUGAAUUGACGAAGAAGAAAAAGGCUUUAUCAUCAGAGCACCCGGCAAAAAUCGAAGUGCAGAAAAAGAAAGAGGGUUUACCUUCAGGCCAAUCUGGGGACAGUAGCAAAAGGGAGAGUGAUGCCUGCAGACAGAAAGGGAAAGCACCUCUAGUUUCUGAGGAGAAAGAUAAAUCAGCAGACAGAAAUGAUGUGGUCAUAAGCACAGAGGGAGAGAAAAUUGUUGCGGAGCAGGUUCCAGAAGGAAAUCUUGAUGGUCAGGCACCUGUUUCAGCCAAAACUGGAAAGAAGAAAAUUAUAAAGAGGAUUGUCAAGCGAAAAGUUGCCAAGAAAAAAGACAUUACUGAAAACGUCAGCGAACAAAAUGAUGAAGCUGAAAAAGUUGGGGCCACUAAAGAGAUUAAUGUGAUUCCUGAAGCUGAUUGGCAACAGGAUGGCUCAUCGAGUAUUCCGAAGAGAAUCUUGAAAAAGCCGGUGAAAGGUGCUUUGGAGAAAGAUGAAAGCUCGAUUGUUGAGGUAAAGGCUGAGAAGGCACUUGAGACUAGUGCUGCCGUUAAAGAAGAGAUUGGAACAGAGGAUUCCAAUGCGGUGGUUAGCAUCAAGACAGUAAAGAAGAAAGUUGUUAAACGAGUGGCAAAGAGAAAGGAAGCAGAUAAGGUGGCUGAAGAUGACCUUAAAGAGAGCAUUAGAAGGGAACAGAAUGAAGAAGCCGACGAGAAACAGAUGGUGGAUAUUAGCUCCAAGAGCUCAAAUAGUCAGAAAAUAAGGCCACACAAGAAGGAUGAGACUAAGUCUGAUGAGAAGGGAAUAUUGAUUGAUGGCUCGAAUCAGAAAGUUUCUCCUACUGAUGCUCGUGGGAAAUCAAAAGAAAGGAAAGAGACUAAGGAUACGAAUGAGAGAAAAGACUCUGUUGAAAAUGUGUCUAAAUGCAAAACAGAUAAAAUGGGAAAAGAAAAGAAAAAAAGCGAUGAACCUCCCAAGCAUCCUGGAUUGAUUCUUCAAACUAAAUGGAGCAAAGUUUCGAAAGUCCACUCGUUAUCACUUUCUUUGGAUUCCCUCUUGGAUUAUACUGACAAGGAUAUGGAGGAGUCGACCUUUGAGUUAUCAGUAUUUGCGGAAUCCUUUCAUGAGAUGCUCCAGUACGAGAUGGGUUGCAGACUAUUAGCAUUCCUUCAGAAACUGCGGAUAAAAUUUGUUGCAAAGCGAAACAAGCGGAAGCGGCAAAGAGAAGUUUCUGUAGAAAUUUCUCAGAAAGAAAACGAGGGCAGGUCUUCAAAAAAGCAUUGUGGGGCGGGCAGCGCUAAUGAAAAUGUGAAAUCAAAUAAAACAGAAAAUAAUUCUGGUGAUGAUGUGAAGUCAAAUAAAACUGAGAAUAUGUCUAGUGAAGAUGUGAAGUCGAAAAAGACCGGGAAUAACUCCACUGAAGAUGUGCCGUCAACUAAAGCUGAAAAUAAAAUGGACGACACUGCUGAAGAUACUAGAACUGAGAGUACUGAAGUUCUUAACCAAGAGGACAACAGAACUAUGAAAGAAGUGAUUAAAUCCAUUGAGCAUGUUGAUGAUGAGAUCGAAGAAGAUCCAGAAGAGGAUCCUGAGGAAGACGAGAAAAUGGUGGAGGCUAGCCCUCUUUGUGCCCCAACCAAAGAGGGAAAUGUUUAUACGGAGAAGAAUGCCAGUGAUUCUGUUAGUCAAGAUGUGCCACCUCCAAUUGAGCAGAAUGAUCAGCAUGAUGCUGCAAAGCAAACUUCAGAGGUUGUCAGUAGAAACAAGUUGGCUAACGUGGAAACAAAGCCAAAAGAAACCCGAUCUGUUGUUAAUAAGGAACUAUUGCAGGCUUUCAGAUUUUUUGACCGCAAUCGUGCUGGAUACAUUAGGGUUGAAGACUUGAGGUUGAUAAUCCACAACUUGGGAAAAUUCUUGUCACACCGGGAUGUCAAGGAACUCGUUCAAAGUGCACUCUUGGAGAGCAGUACCGGCAGGGAUGAUAAGAUCCUCUAUGAAAAGCUGGUGAAGAUGCCUGAUACUGUUCUGAACUAG